GAUGGUAUACUUCUGAACCCUGCAACAGAUGUGGAGAGAGUCCAACUUUACACUCCCGAAUAACUAAUGUUGAUAAAUAUUGUGAUAAUCCAAGAUACAGAAGAAACUACACAAAAGAAUGUGGUUGUAAAAGAACACCUGUAUACGAAAUGUCUUUGAGACAAAAAGAAGAAGGAGACCCUGAUUGGAGAAUGGAUACACAUUGUUGUUUUUGUAAAAGAGCAACUAAAUUAAAUGACCUCUUACCUUUUAAUAUUAAUAACAAUUGGUAUGAAAGAUGUAGAGGAUGUCAAAGGAAAGGUAAAGAACGUACCCCUGAAAGAGAAGAAUUGUAUGAAUUAAGAAGGUCUCAGAUAGAAAAAAGAGAGAGAACACAAAGUUCUGAACCAAUGAUAGUAAAAAGAACAAAAACCAACCCCCCUGAAAUAAAGAAUGUUUAUGCUAAUGGGCCAACCUAUUACCCAGGAAAAAGUAAUUACAACCAAGGAGGAGAAUCAAGUAGAGAAGAAAUUGAUUGGACUAAAGAUUCCGAAGAAGAAAUCAUGAGAAAGGCAAACUUUGAUAAAAAGGGAAAGACUAAAUAUAUUAGUUGGAGAGAAUAUGAAGAAGCAGCACGAAGCAAACACUGCACACCGAUGUGCCAAUAUUUUGAUCACAAGAAACUAAAAGAUGGAGAAAUACAUAUAUUCAAUGCUAAUACAACCAUGAUCCAUGACCGAAAAUGUUGCCCUCAUGGAGCAGUAGAAUAUGAUGAAGCAGGAAUUGAAUAUCCAAUUUGUACCUGCUAUAGGGAGACAAGUAAAUAUUGCGCUGAACAUGAACACGCAACAAACCCCUGCAAGUGUGAACCAGAAGUAUUUUGGGAAAUAAGAUCUUUUGCUGGAGAGAAAUGUAGAUGGGUACAAUGUGAACACCACCUAGACUACAUGCAUUGUGAACACCUAUACUGUUGGAAACACAAACAAUAUACCUACGACAAAUUCACAAAAUGCCCAAGAUGUAAAGAUGAACUGGGGAUUAUGGGAAACGAAUAUUGGAAGAAAUUAGCAAUUAAUAUUGUAGAAUUCAAAAAGAAAAUGAAAUUAAUAGGAGGACAUGAAAGAAUAGUGUUUGCAGAAACAAAAGAAGAAAAAGAAUUACGAGAACAACAAGAGAAAGAAUUUAAAGAAAAACAAGAGAAAGAACGACAAGAAAAAGAAAUUAAAGAAAUAUUAAAGAUAACCCCCCUGGAAGAAAAAUAUAAAACAGUAAAUGAAGAAACCGAAGAAACCGAACCCCUGCAACAAGUUAAAAAAGAAAAUGAAGAACUUAUACAACAAUUGGAACAGAUAAAAGAAAUCAACAAAGAUCUUGAAAAACAAGUGGAAAAUAAACAAAGUGAACAACAAAAAUUGUGGGAAGAGUUAUCCCUAGAGAAAAAGAAAGUAGAAAUCCUUGCCCAACAGAUAGAGAAAUAUGAAGUAACCGAGAAAUUAAUUUGGGAGAAAGAAACUUCAUUAUUUCACUGUGAAGGAUGUAAAGAAAUGGAAGGACACUAUGAAUACUGCACAGCGAGUAUAAUUUGGUGUUAUAAAACAAUGUACGAAAAUGAAAAAGAAAUUAACAGAAAAUUAAAUGAAGAUUUAAGAGAAUAUAAAAACUUAUUUGAAGAAUAUGAAAAGUUAGAAAGAAAUAGAGAAAAAGAA